AGUCCUUUGUUUCCGGUUUUGCUUCAGAUUUUCAGACCGCUUUAGAGACAACUGAGAUGGCUCGUACAAAGCAGACUGCUCGUAAAUCUACGGGAGGAAAAGCUCCCAGGAAGCAGCUUGCCACUAAGGCUGCUCGUAAGUCAGCCCCCACCACCGGAGGGGUCAAGAAGCCCCACAGAUACCGUCCAGGAACUGUUGCUCUUCGUGAAAUUCGUAAAUAUCAGAAGAGUACUGAGCUUCUGAUCCGUAAACUUCCCUUCCAGAGGCUAGUGCGUGAAAUCGCUCAAGAUUUCAAGACUGAUCUUCGGUUCCAGAGCCAUGCUGUCUUGGCACUGCAGGAGGCUGCAGAAGCCUACUUGGUUGGGCUGUUUGAGGAUACUAACCUCUGCGCCAUUCAUGCUAAGCGAGUGACGAUCAUGCCCAAGGACAUCCAAUUGGCCAGGAGAAUCCGGGGUGAGAGGGCUUGAGAGAAUUCAAACUAAGAGAAGAACUAUGCUGAUCAAUUGAUUGAUGAUAAGCUAAUUAGUGUUAUCUUGGGUUUUUUUUUUGGUGGUGUUUAAUAGUAAGUUCUGGACAAUUAUUAAUGCAAUUCGUAGCGUUUGAACAUGUACUGUGAUAAUUCUCUUUGGGUUGGAUUGGUGGUGUGCAGAGGGAUUGUAGGUUUGGAAACUGCAACUGUUUA